AUGGCAUUUGUAUCCUCAGUCCUGGUAGCAUCGCUGGCUCUUCUUAACCCAGCGUUCGCCCAGAGCGUUGAUGGCUCGAAGUAUAACAACCCAACCGCCGGACCUCCCUCGAGCUAUUUUGCUGCCGCUACAUCGGUCCCUGUCGCUGCUCUGAAAAGUGCUGCUGCAAAGGCCAGUACUGCUGCAAAGGACGCGACUUAUCCUAUCAACAACGAUGGUGGUGCUGCUAAGGUUACCAUUCAUAGUGAUUGGUCCAAGUUUAGCGAGGGUGCGGCUUUUGUUUGGGUCGCCGACAUGGAUGUCGAUUGCGAUGGUCUCGACUACAAGUGCAAGGGAAAUCCGGACGGACUGCCUGAUACCAACUUCGGUGCUCUGGCUGCAUAUGAGGUACCAUGGAUUGUGAUCCCAGACAAGUUCGGCACUACUUACCAAAGCGUCCUCCCUGGAAACAACAUUGGUGCAGUUAUCUGCGACGGUAAAAUGUUCUACGGAAUCUACGGCGAUUCCGAUGGUGACACUCCCCAGGUUAUCGGAGAAGCUUCGUGGCUCAUGGCACGAACUUGCUUCCCCAAUGAUGACUUGAACGGAAAUGCUGGCCACGGUAAUGUCGAUGUGACAUACAUUUUGUUCACUGGCAAAGACGCCGUGCUCCCGAGCAGCGCUCUCAACAAGAACUACAUCACCAACUUUACCACUCUGCGGUCGAUGGGCGACAAUCUGAUGGCUGCUCUUGCGAAGAACUUGGGUCUAUCUGGUGGGUCUGGAAACCCUACCACCACUUUGACUACAAAGACUAUUACCGGUACCUCUCCUACGGCUACAUGCACCUGGUCCGGGCAUUGCGCGGGGGCCUCUUGCUCUACCGAGAAUGACUGCUCUGGUGAUCUGGUCUGCAAGAGUGGAAAGUGUGCCAACCCUUGA